UGAGUAGGUGUGUACAAACUUUUGACUGGUACUGUGUGUGUGUGAGAUUCUGGGCCUAUACACUAGUGUAAACAUCUGUCCCUGUCCAGAGAGCCAGAACCUGCGGAGGCAACAGUAGUGACAGAUGACAGAUGGGAGAGAAGGGUGUGUGUCUGUGUCUUAGCUCACACACUCCUAUCUCUGACAGCUCCACCAAACAGUUGUUCCCCACCUCCCAAAAUAACCUCCAUUCCACAGCCUUAUAUGUCCAGCAGCAGCCGUGUUGCCCUCCAGCCCCCACACCCUGCUCUCAGCUCUCAGCCUGGCCUGAGAAGGCAUCAUAUAUCCAGGCAGGACAAUACAGUCGAUUGCUGCUGCCUUCAUUGUAGCCUGGUGGCAGCUGGUCGGUGGUAAACCUUGGGGUUCUGGAGGAUCAGCCGAGGCCUCUCUCUUUCUCUCUCUCUCUCUGUCCAUCGGAGCCAGUCUUUCUGUGUCUCUGUCUGCCCGGCGUCCCCUCACCAUGCAGCCUUCCACCAUGGACCCCAGCACCACCAAGCUCAUCCAGCCUACUGUGGACCUCACCAUCACCCAGUUGAACCAGGAGUGUCUCCUCCACCUCCUCUCCUACUUGGAUAAAGACAGUUGUAGGUCUCUCUCCCUGACCUGCCAUCGGCUCAGACAGGUCUACCUGGACCCCAGGCUGUGGUCACUGCUUCUGUUCCGCUCCCCCUCUGAGCUGAGGAGAGAUAACUACGUGUUAGGACCGUCGCUGCGCUAUCUGGCUGUCACCUGGCACAGCUCCAGGGUCAAGGUGUGCAACGUCGAGGACUGGAUGAAGAAUCAGUUCCAGAAGGAUCUCUGUAGAAAACAUGAGAGUCUGGUCAGCAGCUUCCUGGAACGCGUCUGUACCGUGUGUCCUAACCUCCUGUCCCUGACCCUGUCUGGCUGCGGUCAUAUUUCAGACCAGGAAGUGAUCUGUGUUCUGCAGAGCUGCAGUCGGCUCCGCUCCCUCCGUCUGGAGAACUGUGUCCGGGUCACAGACCUCACCCUGCAGGCCCUGGUGCUUCACGGGGCCGGGCUCCACCAGGUCACAGUGGACUUCUGCCGUAACGUUACCCAGGCAGGGCUGGAGACGGUCAGGGAAAGACGGCCGGACAUUAGGCUGACCGCUGAGAGGAGCGCAGGGAUGAUACCAGAUAUUAAACCGGACAAGAGGACGCAGCCACCGGUCAGACGGAGGCUUCUGCAGAAGGUCCUAAUGUUCUCCUGAUGAGAGGCUGCAGAUGAUGACCAUAGACUUAACCACAGAUCUGCUUCCCAAAUGGUACCCUAUUCCCUAUGUAGUGCACUACUUUAGACCAUGGCCCAUAGCGCUCUGGUAAAUAGUAGUGCACUAUGUUGGGAAUAUUUGGGACACAGAUGUCGUUUCACCACCAGGGGGCAGUGUUGUAAUGUCUACAGUUUCACCACCAGGGGGCAGUGUUGUAAUGUCUACAGUUCCACCACCAGGGGGCAGUGUUGUAAUGUCUACAGUUCCACCACCAGGAGGCAGUGUUGUAAUGUCUACAGUUUCACCACCAGGGGGCAGUGUUGUAAUGUCUACAGUUUCACCACCAGGAGGCAGUGUUGUAAUGUCUACAGUUCCACCACCAGGGGGCAGUGUUGUAAUGUCUACAGUUCCACCACCAGGGGGCAGUGUUGUAAUGACCUCCCAAAGGGUUGCUGUUUAACCCUCCAUGUUUCAGUCUUAUUGAUCCAAAAUAGUUUUGUUUUUGAAGUUAUCAUUUUUUAAAACUUUAUACUGAUUUUUAUUUGAGGUGUUUUAUACUUUGUGUCGUUGGGUUUUAUGCUGAGAUUUGAUGAUUUGUUAAAAUAUUUGUUUAAUUGUAUUGAACAAUAACUGUGGAUGUCACAGUUGAGGUCACUGACUGAAUGUAGGCCUCUUUCUCAAUGUUCUAUAAACUGACUGAGUCAUCCA